GGACAUCAACCGUCCUUGGGCAUCUUUCCCGUUUGAUUUUUGUGCGUGUUGAUACAAAUCCUAUUGAUCUUUUUCUGGGUUUGUUCAUUCAUUUCUUCAGCCCGUCAAAUUUUGACGGUAAUAGUUCAUCAUACUUCAUGACUGUUUGUCUGGAAAUCAUCUGAACUCCCGAUGUCUGAGGAAUCUGAAACAAAUGAGAGAUAUAUGUCAUACUCUCCAGAGGAUAAUUAUCCUACAACCUCUAACAGUAAUUCGGAUGACCACACAAAUCAUCAUCCUGAUGAGAUUUCAUUUAAAGUUGAAACGUCCAAUUCAUCACCUCUUAGUAGUUUUACAAAUGUCACACGUGAGCUUCCAAAACCUCGUAAACAACGAGUACCAAAUAGUGCAAUGGAUGAAGCUACUUUGAUUGCUCUUAGACCAUUCAAAUGUGAUGAAUGUGGUAAACGAUUGGAAAAGGCUCGAACAUUAAGACUACAUAAACUAUCAGUACAUGAAGGUCGUAGACCAUUUGCCUGUGAUAUAUGCAAUGCUUGUUUUACACAAAAUGGCCAUCUGAAACAACAUAUUCAAACAGUUCAUAAAGGAUUACGACCGUAUAGUUGUGAUGUUUGUAAUAAACGUUUCACUAAAGCCCGUUCAUUGAGGCGGCAUAAUUGUGAAAAAAGUGGUCCAUUAAAACCUUUUGUUUGUGAUGUAUGUGGUCGUGGUUUCUCACAUAUGCACACAAUGAAAACUCAUCGUGCUUCAAUUCAUGAAGGUUGUCUUCCUUUCGCUUGUGGAAUUUGCGGUGCUCGUUUUCGUGAAUCUUCUGAAUUACAAAAACAUAGACGUACAUUUCAUGCAGGUGAAAUUAGUUAUAAUUGUGGUGUUUGUGGAAUCGCAUUCCAACACGCUGCUGAUAUGCGUCAACAUAGAGCUACUGUUCAUAAUUCUGAAAGACCUCAUGUGUGCGAUAUUUGUGGGAAAUGUUUCGGUCAAGCAAGUAAAUUACUUCAUCAUAAAUCUGCCGUUCAUGAAGGGAAACGUCCACAUUUAUGCGAUAUCUGUGGUGCUCGUUUCACACAAAGUGUUCAUCUGAAACAGCAUAAAGCAUCAGUUCACGAAGGUAAAAAACCUUAUCAAUGCAAUUUUUGCCAGCGAAGAUUCACUCAACUUGGACAUGUCCGUGUUCAUAAGUGUGUUGUAGAUCAAGGUUUCAAACGUCACACCUGUGAUGUAUGCGGUAAACAGUUUACACAGUUAGGUACUUUGAAGAAACAUAUUGCUGGUGUACAUGAAAAGUUACGUCCUUAUCAAUGUGAAUCUUGUCCUAGUGCCUUUGGUACAACUAGUGAAUUACGUCGACACAAAGAAAAUGUUCAUGAGGGUAGAAAUGCUCGAAAGUGUCGUUAUUGCAAUGAACUAUUCAAUACAGUCGAUAAUUUGAAGCAACACAUAACUUUGAAACAUUCCGAGAGAAAAGAAUUCACUUGUGAAUUAUGUGGUGAUCGUUUCAGUCGACAAGUUGCUAUGACUCGUCAUAUGAUCACUACACAUGCCGAUGAGAAACCCAGACAAUGUGGUAUAUGUGGUGUUUCAUUUUCAUCGCUGGCGGAAUGGAAAUCUCAUUCAACAUUGUGUAGUAAUGAUGCAUUUAAACACGUAUGUCAAUUGUGUGGCGAUCGUUUUACCACUGUCAUUCAUUUACGCUAUCACAAACGAACUGUACAUCAGAAGACUCGAACAUAUGACUGUACACAAUGUGGACAAAGUUUUCUUCGUCUCAACAGUUUCAAAUAUCAUUGUUGUAUAGAAAAUAAAUCGACCAGUGUGAAAACUGAUGAUAACUCCGUAUCAUCAUCAUCAUUAUUAUCAACCUCAAAUCAACUAUCUACACUUCAAUCACCUGUCACUACUCAACAAUCAACAACAUCAUCGGAUUUCCCUACACCUUUAUUAGGUAUUGUGCCACCAGGGUCAUCAAAUAAUCCAAAUCUUACAGCUAUUGCAGUUCUAUCAGCUGUAGUCUCAAGUUUUGGUCUAUCAGCAUUGUCUUCAACUUCUGAAUUUACGCCUAAUUCACACAAGUCUACCGACAAUACAAACAAUACAGAUCCUAAUUGUGUGUCUGCUGAACAAUCUUCCACACUUCCUACUCCUUUACUUGAGUUGGCACAAUCACUUCCCAACUUUUUCUUUAAAAGUCCUGCAAUCACAACGGCGACGUCUUUAGACUCUUCCUCUACUCCUAAUGUUAGCACUGCCGACCAAACAUCUGCAAUGAAUCAUACUACAUUGACAAAUGCUUUAACUGUUCUCAACACAUUCGCUUCUUCAUUCCCUAAAAAUGGAUUUCAUUUGCCAAGUAUGCACAGUACUUCCAAUAUUAAACAAUUAACUAGUAGUACCGACUCGAAUACAGUUAAGACAGAACCAAUCACUACUAGUACUACUAUCACUGAAAUUGAUCCAUCUAUAUUAAUUUAAUAAAAAGAUAUAUCCAAGAUUUUCACGUAUCCUAUAGGAUCUACUAUUCCAGGAUCCAGGAUCGUUUUCUCAAUCAGACACUUAUUUGUUCAACAUUUAUCUACAUCAUUUUUGUGUUCUUGCUUCUUUACACUUAUCCCUUAUAAUACAUUCAGCUUAAUUAUUAACAAAUUGUAAUUCAAUUCACCAUUGUACAAAUCUUUGUUUAAUCUCUUUGUACAUUGAAAAUUAAAAGAAUUAAUGGAAUUGAUUUAUUUUUGACCCUGAAGCGUAUAGACUAACGGUACAUGCAUCAUAAUGUUAUAAUUUAAUCUGUUUGUAUAUCCUACUAACUAUUAACCUUCUUAUUGUAGUUCAUUUAUAUGCUAAAACGAUCGAUAACUCCAAAUCAUGAAGAUCAGAUAGAUCAGUG